CCUGCGGAGAUGCAUCUCCUAGCUAUUUGAAACGAUUUAACACUCUUUUGCCAUUUUAUUGAACUUUUUAUAUUUUUAACUUAACAUGGUCUUUAAUUCUUCUAUCGGUUCAUUAUUAACUAUUGUUUUCCAGUUCGUUGAAAAGUGGAAUGACUUUAUCUACAAAUUAUUUUUCAUAACCGCCAUUUCUCAGAUAUGGAUACUCUGUUGGUACGGACAGCAUUUAGUCGAUACGAGCGCUGGUGUCGGGGAAGCUCUAUAUAACAGCGCUUGGUAUGUAUCAUCGAACAGCAUAAAGAAAUCUAUACUUAUUAUGAUCCACAGAUCCCAGAGGCGAGUGCACAUAACGACUUUUGGCUUUUCAACAGUGUCAAUGGAAUGUUAUGCAACGAUCCUCAAAACAUCUUGGUCCUACUUCACACUUCUAAUUAAUUUGUAUAAGUGA